UCUCACGAUAGGCGGAGAAUCAUUUAAAGAUGGCGGCCACCAUGGACGGUAGAACUUUUUUUUUCUUUCAAACCAUCACACCUGGACAAAGUUAUCAUUUGAUAGAGUAAAUGAUCAGUAAUUGAUUGAAUACCGACUUUCCGAACUCAACCCAGAGCCUGGUACGGUGCGUGCUUCAUUUCUUCAGCACUACAUGUGUAUUUAGGCUAAUCACACAGAGGAGAAAAGAAGGGUACAUCUGUGGAAAUGGAAGGAAAAACAUUCACCAAUUGGGCAGGCUCCUUUUCCUGUUCCCCAGAGCUGUAUUUUGAGCCGAGUUCCUUACAGGAAAUAAUUAAGAUCUUGGAGAUGGCGCGAACUGCAACUAAGAAAGUGAAGUUGAGCGCUCAGGGUCAUUCCCCAUCUGAUAUUGCAAUGACUGAUGAAUACAUGAUCAAUAUGAAUCGCUUCAAUAACGUCAUUAAGUUGGACAAAGAGAAGUGUCAGGUGAAAGUUGAAGCUGGAAUAACCGUGGAUGAUCUGAAUAAAAUACUGGAGUUAAAUGGAAUGGCCUUAAGCAACCUUCCUGCCAUUGGAGAUGUUUCUGUUGGUGGAUUGAUCUGCACUGGUACCCAUGGCACUGGUAUCAAGCAUGGCAUCAUAGCAACCCAGGUUGUUGAGCUUGAGUUGCUGACAGCUCAAGGUGAGGUCCUCCUCUGCUCUCCUGAAGAGAAUCCAGAGAUCUUCCGAGCUGCUCAAUGUAGUAUCGGAGCGCUGGGCGUCAUCGUCACACUAACAUUCCAAUGUGAGCCACAAUUCAAGCUUCUUAGGAAGGAUACUUCAAGCACUCUGGAAGAGUGUCUGUCUCAAAUGGACAACCUCAUCGACAGCAGCGAGUUCUUUGUCUUCUACUGGUAUCCGCACACCGAGGGCGCUGUUAUGAGGCAGAGAGAUAGAACGGACAAACCUGUUGAAUCCAGUUUUAACUGGUUCAAGGACUCCCUGAUUGGCUACUACUUGCUUGAGUUGCUUUAUUGGAUCUGUACCUUCUUGCCACGACUGAUACCACCUGUGAACCGAUUCAUCUACAGCUGGUGUAGCUCUAAGGAGCGGACUGAUGUCGCAAAUAGUGACAAACUCUUUCAGCACCAGUGCCUCUUUAAGCAAGACGUGACAGAGUGGUCAAUUCCCAGGCAACAGACGGCCUCUGUGCUUCGAGAGCUGAAAACUUGGCUGGAUGCCAAUAAAGAUGUUCACGUCCACUUCCCCGUUGAAGUGCGAUUCGUCAAAGGCGAUGACAUCAUGAUGAGCCCAGCCAAUGGGAGGGAUAGUUGCUUCAUGAAUAUUGUAAUGUAUAGGCCCUAUGGGAAGUUUGUUCCCUAUGCCAAGUACUGGGCUGCCUUCGAGAAGUUCAUGUUCAAUGCUGGAGGGAGGCCACACUGGGCUAAGGCUCAUAAACUGACGGGGACAGACUUCAAGCAACUGUACCCCGAGUUUGAGAAAUUCUGCGACAUUCGUAAGAAACUUGAUCCCCAAGGAUUGUUCCUGAAUGACUACCUACAGAAAGUCCUCUUUCAGUGAAUGGAGUUAUCUUCACAAAUCAGCAAUGCCCAAUUCCAGAAAGCUGUUUACCGGUAAGCAAAUUUGUGUGCUUACUGCUGAGCAGAAAAAUGUAUGCAAGCAUAAACGUAUUCCACCAUGAUUUCUUGGUUAGCAGAAAAUCUCUAGGCAUGCAUGCACGCUCAUCAUGGAUUUGCAUUGUUAUGUCACUCAUGUGGUAACUGUGGGUUAGCCAUAGAGUUAUAUAUAAGAACUAGAGGGCGCACUGGCCUAUAUACGCGACCCGCCAUGCGCGCAGGCGGC